UUGUACAGAAUAUGGCUGCCAUAUUUAGUUUAGAUGUCUCUUUUGAAAACGGUCGUUAAAUUUGUCCCGAAUAUGCGGUAAUAUUAUAGUAAAAUAUCGUUGGUUAAGUGUAUAUAAACGAUACAAUGUUUUAAAGUUAUUAGAGGAAUUGUUAAAGCGUCGCAGAGUUAGUUCUGGUGGAAAAUGUUUCUGUUUACAUCAGUUGUUGAAAACUUUGGAUUCAUUUUAUGCAUUUCUAGACAACUGUAGUGACCUGGAUACCAUCGAUUGCAUACCGAAGGGUGGUGGUGGCGGGUACGCCGCUAGCGAACCCUCAGCAUUGGAGGCAUCGAAGAAAAAUGAAACCCACAGAACGAUGAGUGUCUGUUUCGAACCGUCGAACUCGCUAGCCGCCGUUAGCGCGGCCCCAGAGACUUCAUUAGAAGACAACAACGCGAUCAAUCGCCAGAAUGUCGCUUCGAGCGCCGUCGAAAAGGCGCCCGAUCAACCGUUGCCCAACGCCAAGAGCAUCGCCAAGCUGGUGGUGGCGACCGCGAAUUCGCAACCGUCCACCGUGGGCGGUUCGGUGUUGCAAAAGGUGGCGAAUCCGCCGCUGAUAACGGUGCUGAAUCCGUCGGGGCCGUUGACGGUGGUGAAGACGCUGUGCGUGACGUCGGGGGCGUCGAGCGCCCCGCAAUUUACGUUCGUCAAUUCGGCGCCGUUGUCUGUGACGAACGCCAUCGGUAAAUCGCCUACGAUUACGUUGUUGAACGCCCCGGUGACGGUGGUGAAGGCGAUCGCGACCGCCGUCGAAAAGGGCGCCGUACAGGAGGCGGCGACCGGCGGCGCUAACUCGCCCGUUGCCACCGCCGUCAUCGAGAAUCGAGGCCAUAACGUUUUCGUCAAAAACACCCAGUCGGAAUCGAUCGAUAUGCCUCAAAGUCACAAAUUGUUGACUGCUAAUAACUUCCCAUCGAGCAACAUAUUGUCGAAUCCCCAGGGCAAAACGUUGAACGGCCAACGGAACAAAUUGAAAAUCGUGAGCAGCAACAUCAUGGUGGCCGGUUCGUCGCAGUCGCAGCUACCCAACAACAUCAUAAUGAACAACAAACCGGCGCAACAACAGCGUUACGUGCCGAGACCGCGUGUGUUGGGCACCAAUCGUACCACCACCAAAUACAUCAAGCAACCGAACGUCGGCAAUUUCAUGAAACCCAGCGUCAAUCCGCAGAUGAAAUUGGUGCAGGACAAACCGCCCGCUCGACUGGUGUAUCCCACGCACAAAGGCCAAAUCAAAACGAUGCCGCCCGUCAACAGCUUCGCGCCGAAGCAGCAGCAGCAGCAGCACCUGCAGCAGACGAAGCACGCCGUGGGAGCGGCGUCGUUGAGCAGAAGCGCCGCGGCGACUCGCGGCGUCGGUUUGAGGACUAUUCCGGCGCAGAAGGCGCACAAUAAGGUGCCCAACAAGUUGAACUACAUCGGCAAGCACGCCGUGCAGGCGCAGAAGUUGAGGCAGACGCACAAGUUGAACAAGCAGAAGGGGACCGCGGGGGCGGUGAACGCGGUGCCGUAUAACGUGCACGUGCCGCCCAUGAUGCCCGACAAGCAGCUCAACGAGUUGACGUUCAAUCAGGCGCUGACAGCGCAGAUUAUCGAAACGUUGAGCAACAGCGGCUCGCCGUCGCAGAAUAAUAGGUACGAGGGGACGCCGUCGUCGCGGUACGAUAGCGCUUUUACCUGUCCCGAUGUGAAAUCCAACGGGGAGUCUUGUAAACCGGUCGACGAUUCGAACAAAUCGGGCUUGGACGCUUUAUCGUUGAUAUGCCAAGCAGUAUUAUUAGAUCACAAUUACAACGCCACGCUACCGCCGGAUUCGCCUACAAGACCGUCGCCCCCGUUGAUAGUACCGGGACAAGUCAACGGUUUAUCAGCUCCAUCAAUCUACUCCCCCGGCUCAUUGAAAAGGCGACAAUUGUCGUCGUCGUCGAACGUCGCGGCGUCGCCGGCCGUCGUCAAUCAUCCACCGUUGGGCUCGGGCGUUAAUAAUAACUUGCUGAGAGACGACGACAACGCUUCGGACAUAUCGGACGGUUCGGAGCGCAAGCACGACACCGAAGGCGAAGAGACCGACACCGCCCCCGAAGCCGAGGCCGUCAACAACGACAACUUCGACGGCUACGGCGAUUACAUAACCAGGUGUAUUUGUGGGUUUUUGCACGACGACGGCUACAUGGUGGAGUGCGACAGGUGCAAGGUGUGGCAGCACGUGCAGUGCGUGGUGAAGAACCGGCAGGUGCCCGACGAAUUCUUGUGCGAAGAGUGCGAUCCGAGCAAGGUGAUCGACAGGCCGAAGGCCCGGGCGGUGCAACAGCAAUGGCUGCGCGACCGGCAACUGGUCGAUCCGAAAUUGCGCGGCGCCGGCUCAGCCGCCUCCGCCUCGGCCGCCUCCUCCGCCUCCGCCGGACCGAAAAUCAAGGAGGCGUUCAAGCCGAAGGAGAUGCCGAGCGAUACCGAUUCGUCGGACGCCGAACGCCCGCCGAAUAAUUUCGUUGCGAAGCAAAGGACGUUGACGAAGAGGAAAGCCGACGGACAUCCGAAGCAUUCUCUGGCUAGACAAAGGCGGGAGAACGCCAAAGAGGCGGUACAAAAGCGACAGAAACGGAAAGAACGCAAGGUGAUUAGAAAGAAGACUCGAGUACAACCGAAGAACCACAGCGACGACGAAAAUCAAGACACCUGGUCGUCGCAUCUACCGCAAUUGCGCCAGUGGAUCGAAAAGUACGAAGAGGCCGUCACGAAUCACUACUCGCCCGAAUUGCGAGCGCGCAUGUCGAGCAUACGUUCGAACGGCGCCCACUCGGACGCCGCCACAGCUCGCUACGAUCCGUCGGUGCACAAGUGUCGCGUCCACACGCAACCGCUCACCGAGCUCAAAUACCUGGUGGCGACGGCCGACCUGCCGCCGGACACGCCGGUCGUCGAGCUGCGCGGCAAGUACAUGCUGUCGACGCAACAUCGCGCCGCCGCCGGCGCCGGAUUGGGCGCGGCGUUGACGACGCGCCAGCACUCGCAGCGACCCGGUCCGUUUUUGUUUUUCUAUCGGUUGCAUAAGGAUAAUACGGAGGUGUGCGUGGAUACGAGGACGUAUGGCAACGCUGCGAGGUUCGUGAGGCGUUCGUGUCGUCCCAACGCGGAGUUGAGGCAUUGUAUCGAGAAGGGGGCGUUGCAUAUUUACGUGGUAUCGACGGGGCAUGUCGAGAGAAACGGGGAGUUGACGAUUAAACACGAAUCGCACGAUUUGGCGGCCAUCGGUACGACGAGCAUCGCCUGCGCGUGCGGCAAUUUGGACGAGUGCUCGGUCAAUAAGUCGUCGAUCAAAAAAAACGGAGACGCUUUGGAAACGCGACCCGGAAGGAAGAGACGAAGGCGUCGAAUAGUCUCGCCCGCCCAACCCGACGUCGAUCUACCCAAAAUACCGAAAGAACCGGCGCAAGCGAGCGUCGCGGCGCCUCUACCGUCUCCGUCGCUCUCUCCCCUCAAAGUGAAACCGGAGAAACAAGAAGAAAUCGAGACGGAGGCGAUCGAAGAGACACGAAGCGGCGCGCCCGAUCCCGUCGAAAUCAAAAAGGAAGAGAUCAAAGAGGAGGUAAAGUGCGAUGUUGUAAUGAAAGAGGAAGAGGCGUCGAUUAAACGGGAAAUCGAAGAGGAGGAAGAAGCAGCUUCGUGCGAGGAGAACAAAGAGAAACGAGACGAUGACGAGGCGAAGAGUCCGUCGCCUACUCCCGUUCUCACACGAAGAUCUUCGCACAAAUCGGACAAGGACGAGGAGAAGGUGUCGACGAAGCCGGACAAGAAGGACAAGAGCAAGAAAUUGAGCAGGGAGGAGCGGAAACUCGAGGCCAUAUUGAGAGCCAUCGAACAAAUGGAAAAGGCGGAAUCGAAGAAGCAGGAGCACCAGGCGAAGCAACAACACCGGCGCGAAUCCGAGCCGAAUCCCAACAACAAGGACGACGACGGGAAGGAGCCGAAGGAGCCGCGAUCGAAGCGGCGCAGGCGCAAAGGACGGGCGCGCACCGUCAGCCAAUCGGCGGCGCGACGCAAUCGGCUCAAUUCGACCGAUUCCUACAUGACGACGUCGGGCGACGAGAAUCUGUUGUCGCCGAACGGCGAGGGGGUCGCGGCGCCGCCGCCGCCUGCGCUCAGGCAUCGUCAUUCGACGAAGGAGCAUCGAGACGCGAGCGACGACAGGGCGGCCGGUUUGUUGUUGGCGCUGUCGAACGGCGACAACGACGGCAAGGAGCCGAAAUCGCCGCCGCCGGCGAGAGAGGGCGAUUCGAAUUCGAAUUCGGCGCAUUCGUCGCCCGAAACGCAAUUGUCGUCGGCUUGUUUGUUGGUACAGGCGGCCGUCGAGCCGCUCGAACAGGGUUUCAAGUUUCCCAAAACGAAGAAGGGAUUGAUGAACGAAUGGUUGAACAAAACGCCGGAGGCGGUUCAAGCGGGCGAUGCGACCGGGCAAUUCGCGACUGGGCAACAGCAACAGCAGGCUCACAAUAACAAUCCGGUGGAAUUGGAUUCGGGCGGCGGUUUCGCGGCGAAGAACCUGUCGCAGAUGAUGUCCUAUUGCGAGGUGCAACAGGCGCGCGGCAGCGCCAAGAAACGUUGGCUGCGACAGGCCAUCAGCGAGGACCAUUCGUGUGACAGCCCGUCGAGUCGACCCGAUUCACCACCUAUUAGUGACAUGGUAGCGCCCCCUAAAAAGAGAAGAUUGCCCAGGGAGUCUCUAUCGACAGACAAUUCGCCCCCGUCCACUCCUACCGGUCCUACGCCCCCAUUACUCAACAAUUUCGAUAAGAAUUCUGAGGGUUCGGUGGAGAUCGUGUACACGACGACGGGCGGCGACAGCCCCAAUCAAUCGUUGGAAUCGGACGCUGUGCUGCGCGAACGGGCGGCCAAAAUGAAGCAGGAAUUCAGCGGCAAACCUUUAUUUACUUCCACCGCUCGACAGGAUUUGGGCUCGUCCAUAGCCUGUUUAGAUCCGCGAUUGGCGCGCGACAAUCGAUUCCUCGGCACCAGCGAUUUGGUGGGCACCGUGGAAAAAACGCUCAGCAUUUUGGGUUUGGAUAACAACGCCAAACCGGAACCGACGCCCAAGCGGAAAGUUAAGUUGUCUAUAACCGAAUACCGGCAGAGGAAGAAACUCAACGUGGAGGAGAAAUCGGACGAGCAGGAAACGGAAGCGGUCGGUAUGGAGGAGAACAAUUCGUCGGAAUCGUUCAAAACGACGACGCCGACGCCGCGGCCUCGAUCGGCGAGCGCCACCAGCGACACGUCGGCGACGUCGAGCGACGACGAGGUCAAUACGCCCGAGAUUUUGGUCAAAGCUCCUGUAUUCAAUUCGGAACCGACGGAAUUGGAACGGCAACGGGAAACGUCCAGUUUACGUUUGAAGAAGGCUUUCGGUUUGGCCAUCGACAAGGAACCGCCCGCAUUGAACAUCAAGGCCAUCUUGAACUUGGAGCUGGAACCUACGAAGGGACCUUCGAAAGGCCUGCCGCUGGCCAGUCCGACGUUUCCCAUACCGGGAGCGGCCGAUUCGACGACGAAAGAAGCCGCGCCCGCCUCGCCCGAAGGGGGCGGCGAUUGCCCGCCGCCCUCCGAAGAGGCGGAAAUGGAAACUAUCGCCGAUGUGGAGGAGGAACCGAAGGCGGCGGAGACGGCUUUGCGGUUGUUUUACACGCCCGACGAGGAGGAGGCGGCGGCGGCGGCGCGGGAAGAGGACGACGACGACGUCGUCGCCGCGACGGAGGAGAGCGUCGGCAGCGUCGGUUUCGAAGAGACUGAAAGUAUUAGUUACGUGCCGCCGUUCAACAACCCAGUGUAUCCGAAUAGCAGUUUCGCGGCUUUCUCUUCGGCCAUCGAUGAUGAUGCGCGUUACGAGGGUAGAAAUCCCUCGCCUCCGCCGAAUCUGGACGAAAUAGCCCAAUCGUGAGAAUCAGAGUUUUAUUUUAAAAAUUGUUUUGUGCAAUUUUCGGAGUAAUCAUUUUUAUGCGAGUACGUAAGUGAUAUAUUAUAUAUAGAAAGAGAGAGAGAGAGAUAGAGCACAUUGUGUACAUAUGUUCGUUAUUAUUACUUUUGGAGAUUUAUUGCACGUAAUUUUCUAUAAUAAAAUCGAGUGUAAGUUUCCAGUGAUUCUAAAAAAGUUUAUAAUUCUUGAUUUGAUUUUUUUUUUAAUUCUUAAACGCUUUUUGUAAAGUUGGUUUUUAUAGAUAUACUAUGACUUUAUAUAUAGCUGAUGAAAAAAGGAGGUAUAAAUGUACACUUUGUAAAUAAAUAUUUUUAAAUCGAUAAUGGAAAUUAGAAAAAUCGUUUAUUAGUUGCUACAUUGAUUUACGAUUUGAGUGCUCAUACGAAGAAAAUCUCAUUGUAUAUAAAAGUAAUAGUUUAAUUAUAAAUAUAAAUACUCUAUUAAACGAAAUGUGUGUAUAAAGAUGAAUAGUAAAUCAAUGAUGCACGGAUUUGUAAAAGUACAAAAAUUGUUUGAGGUGAUCUCGUUUUUUUUUUAACUAAGAGUUUUUUUUAUUAUUUUUAUAGAGUUAAAAACAAUACCGAUUGGGUUAUUUAGGUAAUUAGUGAUGUUAAUUGUAGCCGUUUCAUAAUCUAUGUAAGUUUCUUCUUAAAAAAAGAGUUUUUAUAUUUGAUAAUUGUUGCCGCUUUCUGUUUAGAAAAAAAAAUAUAACUCUAUUAGUAUAAAGCAGAAAAUCCCUUUCAAGAAUGAACGAGCCCUUCGAAUGUUCGUGAAUUUAUGUAAAUAGAAAUUCGCAGGGCUCGUUUGAUUGUAUCAAAACUAACGUAAAUUGAAUUGAUUUUUGUUUUGUAAAAUACAGGGUGGUCUAAUAAAAAGCGCGUUGGCUCUUUUGAAUAUAUUUGACGUACUAUUUAACCGUUCUGUAUAACAUGUUGUGAAAAUGUUCAAUUUGCGUUUAACACUUAAGUAAUAAUUGUAAGCGAAAAAAAGUAUAUUUUUAAUGAAAGUAUUUUAUUUUUUGUUUUUACAUUUAUAACGUACGUUGAUUCGAAAUAGUGUCUGACUACAUAAGUAGAUUAAUAAUAGGUAGUUGUUUGUUGGAAAAAAAAGAAAGAAAUCAAUUAAAUUGAACGUUUUAAAUAGGCUCGAUUAAACGAUUUGUAUGUGAGAACUAGAAUUUCUCUUUUAUUUCUACCGAAAUGUGGUAAUUUUUGUUUCAGUUUUUUGUCUUACGAAUACAGCGAAUCGUUUUGGAUAGUUCUUAGAGACAUUUCGAAAUCUGCUUUAUAAUUAUAGAUAAGUUUUUUUUUUGGUAUGUUUCGAAUUUUAGUUUUUACAUUAAGAUAUAGAUGACUUAUGGGCCCGAUACACAUCACAAAUGAUUUUUUUGUUUCCGAGGUCUCUCUGUGUACAUAUUUGAAUUGAUUAAUUAUGCAUAUAAAUAUUUAUAUAUUAUAUAGAUUUGUAAAUUUCGUACUACAACCAGUGUAAGUUAUGUUGAUUAAAAUUUCGAUUAUAUUUAUUUUGUUUUUUGAAGGGGCCGUUCGGAGGCGGCCGUCGCAAAUCGUUAGUGCAUUCGCCGCUUCGUUUUUUGUACAAAAUUUUCGUAAUAAAAAUUAUCAAAAAUUAAAAAAAACCGCGAAAUAUCGAAUCGUAUCAGUAUUAAGAUUUUUUUUCUAUCGACGGCGUCGAAAUUAACGAAUUGCGAUUCGUCUAAAAUUGUCAAUGAAACAUCGAGUUUAUCCAUAUAAAUUUAUUUUAAUAUAUAACAUGGCUGUAUAUAUAUUAACAUUUAAUUAAUUUGAUGUUGGUACAGAACGUACAAUUAUUAAAUAAAUCCUCUAAAUUUACACCAGCGUUUUUAUUUCGAAAAUUAAAGCUUACCAAUCGAACAAUGGGUUAAAUUAAAGACAAACGCCUCGGUUAGAAUAACCUGUGGGUUAAAUUGCUGCAAUGUCGCACGGCAUCUUUUAAUUUGUAUAUCAAAUCCAGCAACUCCACAGAAUUGCAGGUAAAAUGAAUAUUCCUUAACGCUUUACCGUCCGUUUCGCUAAAUUCCUCUGCCACGAAACAUAUUCUAAAAAGAGGCCCAUCUGCCGAAUCCAUUUCACUCGACUUCACAAUGUAGUCUAUUUUCCACUUAACGUCCGUAAUAUGCGGCAAAGUAUUACCGAUAUUCAACAAAGCGAUUUCAACCGACAAUCUCUCCUUUACGAACUGCUGUAGGUACAAAUCGAUUCGAUUACGAGCGAGUCCGCAAUCUUGCAAAUAUUUCGCCACUUCAUCGUUCGAUAAAUUCGAUCUGACGAAUUCGGCGGUAACGGCCAAAAAGGCCGCGUAAACUUCCUUCGUUACGUCCGGUUUCGAAUUGUACAAAUCGGUAGUAUUGUGCACUUCUUUUUUGUCCGUUAAGUAACUAAAACAAUUUUCGAGGAGCUUCUUGAAGGUAUCGUCGGCUAUUAAAGGUAUAUUUCUACUUAUGCGUGAUUUAUAUUCAUCCAGUAUAUUCAUUUUUACGUGUAUAUUUACAAAACAUUGGAACGUAACCUCACUUAAUCACUUGUCACUUGUCAAAGUAUUCUUUAAGACAACUAGGCAUGGCCGAAUAGCCCCGGUAGCUGAGGCCAAUAAAUAGAAAAAGAAGAAGAAGACAACUAGGCAGAAUAACCUCUAUGACCGAGGCCUCGAAUAAAGUAGAAGAAGAAUAUAUGACAAGUAGACAAGCGCGUGAAUUUGAAUUCAGUGAUAAAUGAUAGUGUUAUUUCGUGGACGUUACAUUUAUGAUACGAUUUCGCGGCAUUCCUUCUCCCUUUCGUCAAUGUGCACCGUUAUUUCGCUCAUUAAAUCCUUAAAUUUGAUGUAAUCGCAAUCGAAACCGCAUUCGUUCAUCGUCAAAUCUUCCACCCACUCUUGUUUGCCAUCAUGCCGUCUGUACACCAAGUUUACGUAAAAAUUCCCGUCUCUCGACUUUCUCAACUCGAAUAUCAGCGAAUCCGAAAAGCCGAUUUGACGGGAAUCGUACACUCCCAUGGCGUUCAUCAAGUGUAUGAGACAGGAAUCGUGGCAGGAGAACGCGUAGAAUUUCGGGCCGGUUUCUGCGUUGGGAGCGCCGCAGGUAAAGUUCUCGAAAUGGCAGAUUAUCUUGUGGAAAAACGGGCCGAUUUUCAAACGGGCCAACGUUUUCGUCGACGUCGACGUUUGCAACGCCAAAUAAGCCAAGUACUUGACGUCGGGAUGACAGUAGACCUUCUUGGCCCAAUCGGGUAUGAAAGUUUUAUUGUAAUUAUCGUACACGUAAAUUUGAUUGACGAAAUCCUCGACUAAUUCGGGCGUGAUAUUUGCCCAACCGGUGUAUUCUUUAAGCGUAUCGUAUAUAACUUUGUAUUUCUCCUCGAGGUUCUUGUAAACCGCCCGUUUGGCUUGCUGGUACAGUUUCUUGUGCUUGGGACAAGGCCUUUUGUCCAGGACGACGUCGUCCUUGUGCCUUUGGGCCGUG